AAAGAAUAGAGGUGUGCCCAAACAUAAAAGGCUCAAGCUAGUGUACGGUCGUUUUGAUUUGAGAGUCUCGUAACUAUCUUGUCCGAAGCUCAUCGAUGGAGGCGACGCCGCUUGCGCUAAUGUGCGCAUCUCCUCUGCUCCGACCUCGGCCUCUACCCGUUAGUGUGCGCGUGAACCCAAAGCCCUCGUGUAUGACAGUCCUGAGAAGAUGCUCGGUUAAAGAGGAAGAGCAAGAAGUUCUUCUAGAAGGGAUGCCGCCUGAGUACUACGAUGAUGAAUGGCAAGCUCGACAGAGAGAGAAGACGAAGGAACUGAGGCGGAGACAGCGGGAGGAAGAAGAGGAAGAGGAGAGGAAGGUUGAAGAGUAUAGGGAAAUCGGGAUGAGGUUGAAAGAUUUUCCUGAGGAAGAAUUGAGGAAAGCAAGAAAGCUCGUUUCGAGCUUCAUCAGGGCUGCCGAGGAAGUCGAAGAGAGAAUCGAAGAAGCUGCUGAAAAGGGGGAGCUUGAUGAGCUUGUUCUAAUGAUCAUCUGGAACCGCCUGGAUCUUGCUCGACGCGAUGAUGAGAAGGAUGCGAUUCGAAGUCUUGAUCUUCUGUAUAGAAGAGUCGAGACAGAGAUCUUGAAGCGGGAGGCCAGUCCUGCGAUGAGACUUCUCAAUGAUCUACUAAACAUGUAUGAUGGCUUUGACGAGGAGGCUUGGCUGAAAGAGUGCAGAAAACGCAUGGCCGAUACGUUCCCACGUGAAGACCCUUACAGCAUUCUUGUGCCAGCAGGAUUCGACAUCGAUGUGCAUGAGGGGCCGCUGCGACCGCCAAUGGAAGAAGAGAACGUAUUGCUAAGAGUAGACUUUGUGAGAGAGGUCGAUGCAUUGCUACAAGAAGUGAGGCCAGAGCAGGAAGAGGCUAACAACAGCAAAGGAGGGUUAGAUGCAGAAUCUAUAGCACAGAAGUUGAAGCAGCAGGAGAAGCUCCGAACCAUUCGCCAGGUCGAGUCCAUACUUGACUUGGCCAUUCACUUGACUUGGUAAAAAAAAAAAAA